AUGGUGGCCCUGUCCCUGAAGAUCUGCGUGCGCCAGUGCAACGUGGUGAAGACCAUGCAGUUCGAGCCGUCCACGCCGGUCUACGACGCCUGCAGGAUCAUCCGAGAGCGCGUCCCGGAAGCACAGUCCGGACAAGCCUCAGAUUAUGGGCUGUUCCUGUCCGACGAUGAUCCCAGGAAAGGAAUCUGGCUGGAAUCGGGGAGAACCUUGGAUUAUUACAUGCUACGGAACGGCGAUAUUUUGGAGUACAAGAAGAAGCAGCGACCGCAGAAGAUCAAAAUGCUGGAUGGUGCGGUGAAGACCAUAAUGGUGGAUGACUCUAAAACCGUGGGAGAGCUGCUGGUCACGAUCUGCAGUAGGAUUGGAAUCACCAACUACGAGGAGUAUUCUCUCAUCCAGGAGACGGCGGAGGACAAAAAGGACGAGGCCACCGGGACUUUGAAAAAGGACAGGACUUUGUUGCGCGACGAACGAAAGAUGGAAAAGCUCAAGGCCAAGUUACACACGGACGACGACUUGAACUGGUUGGACCACAGCCGCACGUUUCGAGAGCAGGGAGUGGAGGAGAGUGAGACUUUGCUGCUCAGGAGAAAGUUCUUCUAUUCAGACCAGAAUGUGGACUCCAGAGAUCCAGUGCAACUCAACCUGCUCUAUGUCCAGGCCAGAGACGACAUAUUGAACGGUUCUCACCCGGUCUCGUUUGACAAGGCCUGUGAGUUCGCCGGGAUCCAGGCCCAGGUGCAGUUUGGACCCCACAUGGAGCACAAACACAAGCCGGGAUUUCUGGAGACAUACCGCUACCCCUUCUUCACACCCGACGGACUUCACAUCAACCCACUUGGCAACCGCCUCAAGGAGUUCCUUCCUAAAGAGUACAUAAAGCAACGUGGAGCAGAGAAGAAAAUUUUCCAGGAUCAUAAAUCAUGUGGAGAGAUGACGGAGAUCGAAGCCAAGGUUAAAUAUGUGAAGUUGGCGAGGUCCCUUCCCACGUACGGAGUCUCCUUCUUCCUGGUAAAAGAAAAGAUGAAGGGUAAGAACAAGCUGGUGCCAAGGCUGCUGGGCAUCACCAAAGAGUCAGUGCUGAGAGUGGACGAGAAGACCAAAGAGGUGGUGCAGGACUGGCCCCUGACCACGGUCAAGAGAUGGGCGGCUUCUCCAAAGAGUUUCACACUGGAUUUCGGGGAGUACCAGGAGAGCUACUACUCUGUCCAGACCACAGAGGGAGAGCAGAUAUCUCAGCUCAUCGCCGGCUACAUCGACAUCAUCCUGAAGAAGAAGCAGAGCAAGGAUCGCUUCGGUCUGGACGGAGAUGAGGAGGCCACUAUGCUCGAAGAGUCUGUUUCUCCCAAAAGGUCGACCAUCUUGCAGCAGCAGUUUAACCGUGUGGGUCGUGUGGAGCAUGGCUCGGUGGCCCUUCCAGGUAUCAUCAGUUCGGGGUCCAUGGGGGGCUCUGACUCCUACAGUAUGGGUUCUAUGCCCUCAGCACAGCAGCAGCUCAGCACUGGUCAGCUACACCGUGGUCACAUGCCCCCGCUGAACCAGGCCCAGCAGGCUCUGAUGGGGACCAUAAGCAGCAGUCUGCGGACCGUGCAGCAGGCUCAAGGAGACCUGGGACACAUGGACCCUCUGCCUCCACUUGGACACGACCUGGCUUCCAGAGUUUGGGUCCAGAACAAAGUGGAUGAGUCCAAACAUGAGAUCCACUCCCAGGUCGACGCCAUCACGGCUGGAACUGCGUCCGUGGUCAACCUCACUGCAGGUGAGCCCUCUGACACGGACUACACAGCAGUGGGGUGUGCGAUCACGACCAUCUCCUCUAACCUGGGGGAGAUGUCCAGAGGGGUGCGUCUCUUGGCCGCUCUGCUGGACGAGCCCCUGGGCACCGGGCACAAACUGAUGGGUGCAGCGCGGAUGUUGUCUGGAGCUGUGUCCAACCUCCUGCGCUCCGUGGAGCCUGCAGCUGCACAGCCCAGACAGAAUGUUCUCACCGCAGCAGGAAGCAUCGGUCAGGCCAGUGGAGACCUGCUCCGGCACAUCGGCGAGGGCGAGACCGACGACAAGUUCCAAGACACUCUGAUGACUCUGGCCAAGGCGGUGGCGAAUGCGGCGGCCAUGUUGGUGCUGAAGGCGAAGAACGUGGCUCAGGUGGCGGAGGACACCGUGCUGCAGAACCGCGUCAUCACUGCAGCCACACAGUGCGCCUUGUCCACGUCACAGCUGGUGGCCUGCACUAAGGUGGUGAGCCCGACCAUCAGCUCCCCGGAGUGCCAGGACCAGCUGGUGGAGGCGGGGAAGCUGGUGGAGCGAUCAGUGGAGACCUGCGUCAAAUGGUGCCGAUCGGCCAGCGACGACUCGGAGCUGCUCAAACAGGUGGGAGGAGCCGCCGCCGUGGUCAGCCAGGCCCUCAGCGACCUCCUGCAGCACGUCCGCCACUACGCCAGCUGCGGAGAGCCCAUCGGGCGCUACGACCAGGCCACCGACACCAUCAUGAACGUGACGGAGAACAUCUUCACGUCUAUGGGGGAUGCCGGAGAAAUGGUUCGACAGGCCAGAGUUCUGGCUCAGGCUACGUCUGACCUGGUGAACGCCAUGAGAUCAGAUGCAGAGGCAGAAGUGGACGUCGACAACUCCAAAAAACUAUUGGCUGCAGCCAAACUUCUGGCAGAUGCUACAGCGCGGAUGGUGGAGGCAGCCAAGGGAGCGGCUGCUUAUCCGGAGAACGAGGAGCAGCAGCAGCGGCUGCGGGAGGCGGCGGAGGGGCUCCGUGUGGCCACGAACGCCGCCGCUCAAAACGCCAUCAAGAAGAAACUCGUCAACAGGCUGGAGGUCGCUGCAAAACAAGCCGCUGCUGUCGCCACUCAGACCAUCGCUGCUGCUCAGAACGCAGCUGUGUCCAACAAGAACACAGCUCUGCACCAGCAGCUCGUGCACAGCUGCAAGGCCGUGGCAGACGGGAUCCCGCAGCUGGUCCAGGGAAUGCGCAGCAGCCACUCUCAGCCAGAGGAGCUCGGGGCCCAGCUUGCUCUCAUCAUGGCCAGCCAGACCUUUUUACAGCCCGCGAGCCGAAUGGUGUCCUCUGCAAAGUCAGCUGUUCCCACCGUCGCUGACCAAGCAGCUGCGAUGCAACUGGGGCAGUGUGCCAAGAACCUGGCCACGUGCUUAGCCGAGCUGAGGACGGCCACGCAGAAGGCCUAUGAAGCCUGUGGCCCAUUGGAGAUCGACUCCGCUCUCAAAACUGUACAGACGCUGAAGAGUGAACUCCAGGACGCCAAGAUGUCUGUCAUGGAAGCCCAGCUGAAACCUCUCCCAGGGGAAACGCUGGAGAAAUGUGCUCAGGAUUUGGGCAGCACUUCGAAGACUGUGGGAUCUUCUAUGGCACAGCUGCUGACGUGUGCCGCUCAGGGCAACGAACACUACACAGGAGUGGCAGCCAGAGAAACUGCACAGGCUCUGAGGAUCCUGGCCCAGGCGGCUCGGGGCGUGGCAGCCAGCACCCCGGAGCCCCAGGCCGCAGCUGCCAUGCUGGACUCGGCUCAGUGCGUGAUGGAGGGGUCGGCCAUGCUCAUCCACGAGGCCCAUCAGGCUCUGGUGCAUCCAGGAGACGCUGAGAGUCAACAGAGGCUAGCACAGGUGGCCAAAGCAGUGUCCCACUCACUCAACAACUGUGUGAACUGCCUGCCGGGACAGAAGGACGUCGACAUGGCUCUGCGGAGCAUCGGAGAGGCCAGUAAGAAGCUGCUCGUGGACGUGCUGCCGCCCUGCACAAAGACCUUCCAGGUGGCUCAGAGCGAUCUCAACAGCUCUGCAGCCGAACUCAACCACUCGGCCGGGGAGGUGGUCCACUCCUCCAGAGGGACCAGCGGCCAGCUCGCCGCCGCCUCCGGAAACUUCAGUAAAGACUUCGACGAAUUCCUAGAUGCUGGAAUUGAAAUGGCGGGCCACACCCAGAGCAAAGACGACCAGAUUCAAGUGAUUGGGAAUCUGAAGAACAUCUCUAUGGCGUCCAGUAAACUUCUUCUCGCCGCCAAGUCUCUGUCUGUGGAUCCAGGAGCCGCGAACGCAAAGAAUCUUCUCGCCGUCGCAGCAAGGGCGGUGACAGAGAGCAUCAAUCAGCUGAUCACACUGUGCACGCAGCAGGCAGCAGGGCAGAAGGAGUGUGACAAUGCCCUCCGUGAGCUGGAGGCCGUGCGUGGGCUGCUCGAGACCCCCAACGAGCCUGUCAGUGAGCUGUCCUACUUUGACUGCAUCGAAAGCGUCAUGGAGAACUCAAAGGUGUUGGGGGAGUCCAUGGCUGGGAUCUCGCAGCACUGUAAGACGGGAGACGUGACGGCCUUUGGAGAGAGCAUCGGGGUUGCGUCCAAAGCCUUAUGUGGUCUCACUGAAGCUGCUGGACAGGCCUCGUAUCUGGUCGGAGUGUCUGAUCCCAACAGCCAGUCCGGUCAUGAAGGCCUGGUGGACCCCAUUCAGUUCGCUCGAGCCCACCAGGCCAUUCAGACGGCCUGCCAGAACCUAGUGGACCCUGCCAGCAGCCCCUCACAGGUCUUAUCCGCUGCUACAAUCGUGGCCAAGCACACGUCUGCGCUCUGUAACGCCUGCCGUCUGGCCUCGUCCAAAACCUCCAAUCCUGUGGCCAGGAGACAGUUUGUCCAAUCAGCGAAGGAGGUGGCCAACACCACCGCCAACCUCGUCAAAACCAUCAAGGUCAACUCCCCAACUGAUCAAAACACUUUAGAUGGAGAUUUCUCAGAUGAAAACAGAAACCGCUGUCGGACCGCUACAGCUCCUCUUCUGCAGGCCGUGGAAAACUUGUCCACUUUUGCAAACAACCCGGAUUUCGCCAGCAUCCCUGCACAGAUAAGCAACGAGGGCUCUGCUGCUCAGGAGCCCAUCAUCAGAUCUGCUCGCUGCAUGUUGGAUAGUUCCACGUUUCUGCUGGAGACCGCCCGGGCCCUUGUUCUCAACCCCAAAGACCCCCCCACCUGGUCCAUACUGGCUGGACACUCUCGCACUGUGUCUGACUCAAUCAAGAGCCUCAUCACUGCCAUUAGGGACAAGGCUCCAGGACAGAGGGAGUGUGAUUAUUCCAUCGACAGCAUCAAUAAGUGCAUCCGAGACAUUGAGCAGGCGUCACUCGCUGCAGUGGGACAGAGUUUACCCUGCAGAGAAGACAUCUCCAUGGAGGCUCUCCAGGAGCAGCUGACCUCCUCGGUGCAGGAGAUUGGACAUCUGAUCGACCCAGUGGCCACAGCCGCUCGAGGAGAAGCAGCACAGCUCGGACACAAGGUGACGCAGCUCGCAAGUUAUUUCGAGCCCCUUAUAGUCGCGUCCGUGGGUCUGGCCUCCAAACUCCAGGACCACCAGCAGCAGAUGACCAUCCUGGACCAGACCAAGACCUUAUCAGAGUCCGCUCUACAGAUGCUCUACGCGGCCAAGGAAGGAGGAGGAAACCCCAAGGCCUGUCACACCCACGAUGCCAUCACAGAAGCAGCUCAGCUCAUGAAAGAGGCUGUGGAUGACAUCAUGGUGACUCUGAACGAAGCGGCCAGUGAGGGGGGCAUGGUGGGGGGCAUGGUGGAGGCCAUCGCAGAGUCUAUGGGGCGGCUGGAUGAAGGCACUCCCCCUGAAGCAGAGGGCUCGUUUGUGGAUUACCAGACCACGAUGGUGAAGUUCUCCAAAGCCAUCGCAAUCACAGCUCAGGAAAUGAUGACUAAGUCGGUGACGUGUCCAGAGGAGCUGGGAGGCCUUGCUUCUCAGGUGACAGUGGACUACGGACAGUUAGCUCUGCAGAGCCGCCUCGCCGCCGCCACAGCAGAGAUCGAGGAGGUGGGAGUGCAGAUCCGCAGCCGGGUGCAGGAGUUGGGUCACGGCUGUAUUUACCUGGUGCAGAAGGCCGGCGCUCUGCAGCUCAGCCCCACAGACACGUUCUCUAAACGGGAGCUGAUCGAGUGUGCUCGCUCCGUCACCGAGAAGGUGUCCCUGGUCCUGUCCGCUCUGCAGGCCGGGAACAGAGGCACUCAGGCCUGCAUCACCGCUGCCAGCGCCGUGUCGGCCAUCAUGGCAGACCUGGACACCACCAUCAUGUUUGCAUCAGCCGGGACACUGCACCCGGACAACGAGGAGACCUUCGCCGAUCACAGAGAGAGUAUCCUGAAGACAGCGAAAGCCCUGGUGGAGGACACCAAACUGCUGGUGGCGGGAGCAGCGUCGAGUCAGGACAAACUGGCCCAGGCCGCUCAGUCCUCCGCUAAAACCAUCACACAGCUCACAGAAGUGGUCAAGCUGGGGGCCACCAGCAUGGGCUCCGAGGGCCCCGAGACUCAGGUGGUUCUGAUUAACGCCGUGCGGGACGUGGCGAAGGCUCUGGCGGAACUCAUCAGUGCCACCAAGUGCGCCGCGGGCAAAUCUGCAGAUGACCCGUCCAUGUACCAGCUGAAGGGAGCCGCUAAGGUGAUGGUGACCAACGUGACGUCUCUGCUGAAGACGGUGAAGGCGGUGGAGGAUGAAGCCACCCGCGGCACCAGGGCUUUGGAGGGCACUAUCGAGUACAUCAGGCAGGAGCUGACGGUUUUUCAGUCCAGGGAGAUGCCCGAGCAGCCUGCCUCCCCAGAUGAAUUCAUCCGAAGGAUAAAGGGCAUCACAGUCGCAACGACCAAGGCUGUUGCCGCCGGCAACUCGACCCAACAGGAAGACGUCAUCGCCACCGCCAACCUGAGCCGAAAAGCCAUCUCCGACAUGCUGAUCACCUGCAAGGGAGCAGCACAUCAUCCUGAAGUGACUGAAGAGGUUCGAGCCAAAGCUCUGCAGCACGGCUCCGACUGCACCAGAGCCUACAUCACUCUGUUAGAGCAGGUCCUGCAGGUUCUGCAGAGGCCCAGUCCAGAGCAGAAGCAGCAGUUGGUUCUGUUCUCGGAGCAAAUCGCAGCUGAUGUGACGGAGCUGCUGCAGGCGGCGGAGAACAUGAGAGGAUCCGAGUGUGUGGACGCAGAGGAGACCACAGCCGUCGCCGAGACGGAGCUGAUGGGAGCCGCCGCAUCCAUCGAAGCCGCCGCCAAGAAACUGGAGCAGCUGAAACCCAGAGAGAAGCCCAAGGCAGACGAGACUCUGAACUUUGAAGAACAGAUUCUAGAAGCAGCAAAGUCCAUCGCCGCCGCCACCAGCGCUUUGGUCAAAUCUGCAUCUGCCGCUCAGAGGGAACUGGUGAUGCAAGGCCAGGUGGGGUCCAACCAAGCGAAUGCGGUGGAGGACGGCCAGUGGUCUCAGGGGCUGGUCUCUGCUGCACGAAUGGUUGCAGCUGCGACCAGUAACCUGUGCGAAUCCGCGAACGCCUCGGUCCAGGGCCACGCCAGCGAGGAGAAGCUGAUCUGCUCGGCCAAACAGGUGGCGGCCUCCACGGCUCAGCUCCUGGUGGCGUGUAAGGUGAAGGCCGACCAGGAGUCUGAGGCUGUCAAGAGACUGCAGGCGGCGGGAAAUGCGGUGAAAAGAGCUUCUGACAACCUGGUGAAGGCGGCACAGAAAGCGGCGUUUGACAAAAGUGAAGAUGCCAGUGUCGUGGUCAAGACCAAAUUUGUCGGAGGCAUCGCUCAAAUCAUUGCGGCGCAGGAGGAGAUGCUGAGGAAAGAGCGAGAGCUGGAGGACGCUCGAAAGAAGCUGGCCCAGAUCCGGCAGCAGCAGUACAAGUUCCUGCCCAGUGAACUCCGCGAGGACCAGGGCUGA